GUAACGCUUACGCAUAUGACGUCAUCAACUACUCAAAUUUGACGUGACCCCAUCUUGAACAUCGCGAAUUCUAAUUUCAAAUUGCAUUAUCGCAUUUUAUGGCAAUAAAAAAGAAAUAUUUUGGUGAUUCAAAUGUGAUACGAUUUAAUACUCUAUGUUUUUCUCAACUUUAUAAAUGUAAAGUUCGCCAGAAAUUAAUAUUGAAUUUAUUGGUGUACUUAUAUUAUCAAAUAGUACAACACCCACUGAUUUCCGAAAACAACGAUGUUACACUUUCCGAUGGGCGCCAUAUUUGACAAGAUACAGCCUUGAAAUUUGGAUGACAUGUACAGUUUUGCACACCGAUCUUAAAACUGACUUCAGUGACCAUGAAUGUGACCUACUGACUACUUCCUUCAGUGUUUUGUGGCUGGUCUUUUAAAAAUGUAUUACAAUGCUAGAAGAGACUGGUGUAUGUAAAUAUGUGACCACUUUGCGACAUCUUCAGUACAGAAGAUGGCAGGAUCCAUUUGAUUUGCUUGGAGAGAUUGUACAUAGCUGUAACUGCUACAUGGACCAAGAGAAUCUGCCACUCUUGUCUGAUUUUAGAGAAUGUAACAUAGGACUUCAGCUGUCUUCUACUGUCAAUCAUCCAGGCGUGAGAGAGGAAGUUUGUACAGGUGAGCCAAAUAUUGAAAUUGCUGAACACAGAUCAAGUCAAAGGCCAGAGAAGUCAGAGAACACUGAAAAAAUGAAAAAACCCAUGGAAGAAGCAGUUAUGCCUUCAGGAAGUAACUUAAGAGACGGUUGUAAUAAAAGCAAAUAUACUGAAGUAGAUAAUUUUGAAAAAGAUGGUGCAAGUUUACAGGUUGUUAUGGGUAGAGAUUCUCAUGAUUGUGAAAUAACAGGUAUGAGUGUGAAUACAGACAGUGGUAAGGAACAAAAUAUUUCAGCAGAUGUUAUUGCUCAGAUAGAUUUUGAAAUUGCAAAGUCAUUGAAAGAAGCAUUCUCAAAUAUUGGAGACUUUGGACUAAAUAAGAUUGUCAAGGGACCGGUUGGAAGCCGAAGUAGAAACUAUCCUCAUAUUGCAGACAGUUUAAGCCGAGAUAAAAAUUUACAUAAGGUGAAAAAAACUAAGCCUAGAAGAAGUAGUGCUGAUGAAGUAAACCAACCUAACUCUGCUAAAAUCACUAAUGUACUUGAACAGAAUUCUGCUAGAUCUACUGUUCUGAAGAAAAUGACUGAAUUAAAUAGAUUGCUGAAAGAGAAACCAGUUUCUUUGUCAAUUAAUGAUAAACAUCUGCAGAAGACUAAUGCAGGCUGUGGAAGGAAAGCAGAGAACCAUUCUGUAAAGAAAGACCUCCCUGAUAUUGUUAAGGAGGAGAGACCAAGUGACAAAGAUGAAAAGCAAGAGGAUGAUGUUGUCUGGAUAUGUUUUGUCUGUGCUAAAGGUUUUGCAGACCAAUCUGAGUUAAUGGUACAUCAAGAUGUGUGUGAAGAAGAACCUAGUAAUACGGAUUCUGAACUACUCAAGCCAGCUUUUCCUACAUCAUCAAAUCCACUAGCUAGUCACCCAUCUGUAUCAACAUCUGUAACAGGUAGAUUUCAGUUGGAUAGAAGUAAUAGUCCACCGGUACCAACAUUGCUCAGAAAAGUUGGUUCAAGUUUGAAGUCUCUGCCAUUAGGGUUACCCAACAAAUCUAGAGAGAUAAAAAGGAGACAGAGGAAAUUUGAAGACGUUUACAUUCCACCCUCCAGGAAUAUUUACUUUGAAUCUCUUGGUCUAUUUCCUACACCUAGUGUUGAAGCAAUUUCCAAGUCCCCAAAAAAGAGUGUGAAUGAUGAUGAUUGUCAGAUUAUUGACCUCACAGUGGAUGACACUCCUCAGGCUCUCCCAAUGACACCCCGUACUCGUUCCAUGUUGUCACAGCUGAGUAGGGAUGAUAGCAAUGGCCGCAGGCGUCAACUCAGUUUUUCACAAAGUUCUCAACAGUCUGUUUUUGACAAAGUGCCGUCAGUUGAAAAGGAACUGUCCGAGGAUUCUGAGAGUAGCAAUGAAGAAACUGUACAAACACAAAAAGUACCAUCAAAAUCAGCUAUUCUUGGGAUACCUCUGACGUCCCCUCUGGGACAACGGUUGAAGAAACACUGGAAAUAUGAAAACAAGGUGCCUGUUAUUGAGAACAUCGAAAGGUAUUGUAAAACUGAUGAUGCCAGUCUUAUUGAUCUAGACAAGAAAGAAAGGAAAAAUCCAAUGGUUGAAAAGUUAAGAAAUAGACCACCCCCUCAGUGUACUUUCAGGUUCACAAAAAAAUACUUGAACAAGUGGUGCCAUUGGUACAAGUUUAAUAAAGGUGAUAAGUGGGAAUUUAAGAAAAGACUAAAGUUUGGUCUAGAUAGAGACAGUAGACUGAAACUGAAGAGAAUGAAGCGCUGUAAAGUUGUACUGGCACGAAUCAGUAAGAAGGAUAUUAAAUACUGGACAACUCCUCGUCCAAAAGUAGUGCAGAAAAGACAAACUGAAACAACCUUGUUACAUCAGUUAAACAGACAAUACAGACUUAAUCAGGUACAAUAUGCUCUGGCUUCUUCAAUGGCGGUAAGGCCCAUGCAGGGACCUAUUUAUAAUCAGUUGAUGCAGCCAGUAAGAGUUUCUGGACCAACGCCACAAUUGCUUGUACGUACAGUGCCAAUGGGGGGACAAGGAAUGCGUCUGCAGGUUCUCCCAAUCCAGAACACUCACAGCCAAACACUUUUUCAUCCAACACAAACUAGCCUCAUGCCAGACACACCUAGAGAAGUGGCCAGGAGCCAGAAACGUAAACAGGUGUUUAACAACGUUAAAGAAGAUGACAGUAUGGUGAUAUGCCUUUCAUCAGAUGAGGAGGAGGAGAUAGUCAUAAAACCUUUACCAAAACAACAGUGUGCAAUGUGCAGAGUAUAUAAAGAUGAAUGUAAGAUUCACGGAAAGAGAAGAAUAGGUCCAGCUAGUUUCAUGCGACAGCAAUCUAAAAACAUAGAGUCUGCUGGUUCAGUAGCGGCAGACGUAAAACCUAACUCUCCAGGAAAUAUCAUUCCUCUACAGCCGGUGAAAACUGGACUGCCAGUACAGUACACAAAUACUGCCUCUGCCAUAGUUUUUGGACAGCCCUCUCCACAAAGUGUUACAUUACCCAUUAAGCCUGUAACAAAUUCCCCAAGUUUGAGAGUUAAUGAUGGAACAACAUCAAUGUUGCCACCUAUCUCAGGAAAAGAACUUGUAAACCAAGAUUCCAGUCAGACUGUGCAAAUAAAAAGUGAGACAAGCGACAUUGAAAAGUCACGAAAUGAGUCCCAGUCAACAGAUAAUGAAUAUAUGGAUUAUGAAGUCAUUUGUAUUGAUUCAGAUGAAAACGAUGAAUGAUAUAUCAGUAUUGGGAAAGAGGAAAGUUAUGAAAGAGGAUAAUUGCAGAAAGUUCAUUUUGUAGAUCUUGAAAUUUAAUAUGUUUCUAUUAAUUCAGUUCUGAACAUUCUUUUAAGGGAUGGUUGAGAAUUAGAAUGAGAUAUCUAGAUAAAGUCUUAAUAUACAUACAAGUUCUAUGACCGGGCUGUUUUGCCAAAAUUUGAACUUGCUCCAAAUCACAAAGGAAAGCUUAUCAUAUGCAGUUGUACUUGGCUAAAUCACUCUUUGUUUCCAAAUACUGGAAACUUAAAAAAACCCAGACUUCUCUUCUGGUCCCAAUGGUGUGUGGUUUUCAGAAGUUCCACUGUAAAAAUAUGAUAGAUAAAAAAGAAACCUUAAUUAGUAACUCCUGGACAUAAUCUUUUGAUUCAGUGAAGAAAAAUACAAAUGAGCCGCACCAUGAGAAAACCAACUUAGUGCAUUUGCGAACAGCAUGGAUCAAGACCAGCCUGCGCAUCAGUUUGGUCAGGAUCCAUACUGUUCACAGACAGUUUCUCUAAUUGCAAUAGGCUUUGAAAGUGAACAGCAUGGAUCCUGACCAGACUGCGCAGAUGCGCAGGCUGGUCAUGAUCCAUGCUGUUCGCAAAUGCACUAUGUUGGUUUUCUCAUGGUGCAGCUCAAAUGCUGAAAGAGGAUGCUCACUGGAAUAUGCCCAAUACUACCUAAUAUUUUAUCAACUGAUACUUUGGAAAAGCACAUUGUGCUCCUUUUCUUUUUACUUUUUCCUAAUAAUAAAAUCAAAUUUUGUUGCUUUUCAAGUAGCUUUCAGAAACCUUUCUCUGAAGUAUUUUCAAUUUCAUGAAUUUUUAUUCAUUUUGAAACUGGAAACAGUUACAAGUGGGUAAGUUUAUCAUUACUGUCUGUAAAUUGCACUUCGUUUCUGUACAUUACUAAGCAUAUCAGUGGUUAAUUUGAUUGAAAAAUACAUAGAAUACAUUUAAACACUGAUUGCUUUAGGACACCAAGGGAUGAAAAAGAGGCUAAAGUUUACAUGGUUUUGAGUGACCCAAACAUUGACCAACUUAUGUAGGAAAUUGACUUUCAGUGGAAGAAAUAGCAAUGCAUAACAUUUGUGACAUUUUCAACUAAAAAAAAGUAUUAAAAACUUAAAAACUAUGUAUUUUGGCAAAGUAUAUUUUACAUUAAGUACACAGUAACAAAUCCCCUGCAGUUAUUAAUAUGAAAUGUUCAGUGACCAGUUUAAUGGGAUGUUUAAUAUAUUGAGAUCUUUUUUGCAUGUAUUAUAAAUGCCAUUGUAAAUUGUUCCAAAAUGUGAGAGAAACUAAUAUUUUUGUAUGAUGAAUUUUAUAUCAAAUGCUACGUUUUCUCAAGUAUUUUAUUCAAACUUACUUGAAUGAUUAACUUUAAUAUGAAUAUAUAUUAUCUUGUUUAAAUUUUGACCAUAUUAUUGUAGGAACCUGUACAUGUGUAUUUGAAUUUAAUGUGAACAGUUUACAGAGGUUUCACUCUGUUGUUAAAAUGGAUAUCACACAACUUAUUUUCAUCAAUCCAUGUGUUACCUGAGCAGAGACCUAUCAUUAAUUCAUUGCAUAUAGCAGAGAGGCUAAUAUAUUUUUGUAUUAAAUGUUAUAAAAUGUUUCAAUAUCAGUUGUCAUUGAUGAUCAGUUUGUUCAAUUCAGUUUUUCAUUAAAGUUUUGUAUUCUUGUUUUGAUCAUGUUACCAGAAUGAAGGCUUUUUUUUUCUACACUGGUUGUAUGCUGAAUUUCUUUGGUAAUGUCCUUGUGUAUAUAACAUUCAACACAUCAUUUUGUUGUGACCCAGCUUUAUAAAGUGAUACUUUGCAUGCUACUAUGAAUAGUGCUACUAGCUAACCCAGUCAUUGACUGGUUAAUUGUUCAGUGCCAUUUUAGGCCAUUCAGGAUCAUUGACUGGUUAAGUUAUUAAGCCAAGUUUCAGGCCAUUCAGGAUCACAGACUGGUUUAGUUAUUCAACACUAUUUCAGGCUAGUCAGGAUCAUAGACUGGCUUAGUGAUUCAAGAUUAUUUCAGGCCAUUCACAACCACAGACUGGUUUUCUUAUUAGCUCAUCAGAUUUUUUUGGGGGAAAAAAAUUUGUUAUUUUCAUGACUUGAUUGGCGUCUGUGUCGGUGCGGCUUUGCCUUUGUUAAGUUUUGUUUAGGUCAGCUUUUCUCCUAAACUAUCAAAGCUAUUGCUUUAAAACUUGCAACACUUGUUCACCGUUAAUAGCUGACUUUGUACAGCAAGAAACACAACUCUAUCCUGCUUUUUGCAAGAGUUAUGGCCCCUUUUGGACUUAGAAAAUCAGAUUUCUUGGUUAAGUGCUGUGUUUAGGUCAGCUUUUCUCCUAAACUAUCAAGCUAUUGCUUUAAAACUUGCAACACUUGUUCAACAUCAAAAGCUGACUCUGUACAGCAAGAAACAUAACUCCGUCCUGCUUUUUGCAAGAAUUAUGGCCCCUUUUGGACUUUAAUAGAAAAUAUCAGAUUUCUAGAUUUCUUGGUUAAGUUUUGCGUUUAGGUCAAGUUUUCUCCUUAAUUGUCAGAGCUAUUGCUUUAAAACUUGAGUGGUUAUUUGCCAUUAAAAGCUGACUCUGCACAGCAAGUACAGUUACUCUACAUUGCUUUUUUAGCUCACCUGUCACAAAGUGACAAGGUAAGCUUUUGUGAUAGCGCGGUGUCUGUCGUCCGUCGUCCGUCGUCCAUCCGUGCGUCGGUAAACUUUUGCUUGUGACCACUCUAGAGGUCACAUUUUUCAUGGGAUCUUUAUGAAAGUUGGUCAGAAUGUUCAUCAUGAUGAUAUCUAGGUCAAGUUCGAAACUGGGUCACGUGCCUUCAAAAACUAGGUCAGUAGGUCUAAAAAUAGAAAAACCUUGUGACCUCUCUAGAGGCCAUAUAUAUCACAAGAUCUUCAUGAAAAUUGGUGAGAAUGUUCACCUUGAUGAUAUCUAGGUCAAGUUCGAAACUGGGUCACGUGGGGUCAAAAACUAGGUCACUAGGUCUAAAAAUAGAAAAACUUUGUGACCUCUAGAGGCCAAAUUUUUCAUGAGAUCUUCAUGAAUAUUGGUCAGAAUGUUCACCUUGAUGAUAUCUAGGUCAAGUUCGAAACUGGGUCACGUGGGGUCAAAAACUAGGUCAUUAGGUCUAAAAAUAGUAAAACCUUGUGACCUCUCUAGAGGCCAUAUUUCUCAAUGGAUCUUCAUGAAAAUUGUAAGAAUGUUCACCUCGAUGAUAUCUAGGUCAAGUUCGAAACUGGGUCAAGUGGGGUUAAAAACUAGGUCAGUAGAUCUAAAAAUAGAAAAACCUUGUGACCUCUCUAGAGGCCAUAUUUUUCAUGAGAUCUUCAUAUAUAUUGGUCAGAAUGUUCACCUUGAUGAUAUCUAGGUCAAGUUCGAAACUGGGUCACGUGGGGUCAAAAACUAGGUCAGUAGGUCUAAAAAUAGAAAAACCUUGUGACCUCUCUAGAGGCCAUAUUUUUCAUGAGAUCUUCAUGAAUAUUGGUCAGAAUGUUCACCUUGAUGAUAUCUAGGUCAAGUUUGAAACUGGGUCAUGUGGGAUUAAAAACUAGGUCAGUAGGUCUAAAAAUAGAAAAACCUUGUGACCUCUCUAGAGGCCAUAUUUCUCAAUGGAUCUACAUGAAAAUUGGUCAGAAUGUUCACCUUGAUGAUAUCUAGGUCAAGUUCGAAACUGGGUCACGUGCGGUCAAAAACUAGGUCAGUAGGUCUAAAAAUAGAAAAACCUCGUGACCUCUCUAGAGAUCAUAUUUUUCAAUGGAUCUUCAUGAAAAUUGGUCAGAAUGUUUACCUUGAUGAUAUCUAGGUUAAUUUCGAAACUGGGUCAUGUGGGGUUAAAAACUAGGUCAGUAGAUCUAAAAAUAGAAAAACCUUGUGACCUCUCUAGAGGCCAUAUUUUUCAUGAGAUCUUCAUGAAUAUUGGUCAGAAUGUUCACCUUGAUGAUAUCUAGGUCAGUUUCGAAACUGGGUCACGUGGGGUCAAAAACUAGGUCAGUAGAUCUAAAAAUAGAAAAACCUUGAGACCUCUCUAGAGGCCAUAUUUUUCAUGAGAUCUUCAUGAAUGUUGGUCAGAAUGUUCACCUUGAUGAUAUCUAGGUCAGGUUCGAAACUGGGUCACGUGGGGUCAAAAACUAGGUCAGUAGGUCAAAAAAUAGAAAAACCUUGUGACCUCUCUAGAGGCCAUAUUUCUCAGUGGAUCUUCAUGAAAAUUGUUGAGAAUGUUCAGUUUGAUGAUAUCUAGGUCAGGUUCGUAACUGGGUCAUGUGCGGUCAAAAACUAGGUCAGUAGAUCGAAAAAUAGAAAAACCUUGUGACCUCUCUAGAGGCCAUAUUUUUUACAAGAUCUUCAUGAAAAUUUGUCAGAAUGUGCAUCUUGAUGAUAUCUAGGUCAAGUUUAAAAGUGGGUCACGUGCCUUCAAAAACUAGGUCAUUAGGUCAAAUAAUAGAAAAACCUUGUGACCUCUCUAGAGGCCAUAUUUUUCAAUGGAUUUUCAUGAAAAUUGGUCAGAAUUUUUUAUCUUGAUGAUAUCUAGGUCACGUGCUCAAAAACUAGGUCACUAUGUCAAAUAAUAGAAAUAACGACGUCAUACUCAGUUCAACACUGAGUCAUGUGGGGAUAGGUGAGCGAUUCAGGACCAUCAUGGUCCUCUUGUUUGCAAGCAUUAUGGCCCCUUUUGAACUUAGAAAAUCAUGGGUAUGACAAUAUUUCUAUUACACAAAAAUCAGAUGAGCGUUUAACAAGGCAGUGCUCUUGUUAAACUCUAUUUCAGGCCAUCCAUGAUCAUAGACUAACAUAGAAUAACCUUUGAGCUAGGGUUGCAAAAGUAGAAAUAGUUUUCAAACUUUAUCUGGAUUAUUUUGGGAGAGAAAAAGAGUCUCAAGUUUUCAGUUUGACUGCUAUAAGAUGUGUUGUUAAAAAUAAAUAGGAUUAGUUGGAAUAAAAACAACUUUUCCAUGUAAAUUUUUAUGCCCCCACAGGUGGGCAUAUUAAAAUCGCACUGUCCGUCUGCGUGUGUCCGUGUAGAUUCAUGUCCAGGCUGUAACUCCUCCAUCCCUAAAGGGAUUUUGAAAUAACUUGGCAUAAAUGUUCACCAUAAUGAAACGACAUGUCAUGCGCAAGACCCAAACUCCUAGCUCCAGGGUCAAGGUCACACUUAGAGAUCAAAGGUUAACAGGGUCUGUUUCGUGUCCGGUCCAUUAAGGGAUUUUGAAAUAGCUUUGCUUAAAUUUUAACCAUAAUGAGACAAUGUGUCAUGCACAAGAACCAGACCCCUAGAUCUAAGUUCAAGGUCACACUUAGAAGUCAAAGGUUAACAGGGUCUUUUUCUUGUCUGGUCCAUAACUCUGCCAUCCAUUAAGGGAUUUUGAAAUAAUGUUUACCAUUUAUUAAGGGAUUUGAAAAUAAUUUGACACAUUCAUACCUAAACUAUUCUGGCAUAUUUUGUGCAGACAAUUGUAGCAUUCUUGGGCACAUUUCGGGGGCAUUGUCACCAGUUGUGACAGCUCCUGUUUUUUUUGUAAAUUUCUGAAGAAAAAGAAUUCUCACACUUUCAUGUGUCAGAAUUUUACACAUGGAAAAAUACAUUAAAAUAGAAUUUAUUAUUAAGACAUUUUAAAGAAUUAAAAAGAUCCUACUAUCACAGAAUGGUGAAUGUGUAACUUUAUUGAUCAAUGAUGUUGCAACAAUUUGUGAAAUAAGUGUUCCAGAUUUGGUCAGUCAAAUAGUAGUUUUUCAGUGAAGUGAUCUUUUUGUCAAAAUUAUAAGUUUCUGUAAAUAAUUUUAAUACAUAAAAAGUUUUCUCCCAUUAUUUCUUUUUUUAAGUUUUGGUAAAGUUACAGCAGAUUCAAGUUGUUCAAUAUAGGAUAUUUGUGCAGUAGUCUGUUUCCUACUUAUGUGUUUCACCAAUUUUCGUAGCAAUUUCUGCGAAAUGAAAUGGACUAUAUCAUUUGUAUUAAAAGUUGAACAAUAUUUAGCAGAGUUACAUUUCCUUUAUAAUGUAAAAUAGUCAUACAGUUAUGUGCUAAGUUAAAGUUCACAAAUGACUUUACCCAUAAACUUCAGUGUAUUUCUCAUAUUUUGUAAACACAAUACUACAAUUUUUCUGUUUCCCCAGCAUUCUUUAAUGCAAUUCUGUAACAUAUUUAGAAAGAUAACACAUUUUUCUGUCUUUAUAUUUUAGUUAUAAUAAUUAUCUCAUCAAAAUAACAUAUUUUUAUACCCAUAACAAAGAUACAAAUUCUGAAAUUCCAAUUUAAGGUUACAGCUCCAGUUUCUUUAGUUAGUGUUAUUUUGUAGAACUCUGUGUACGAUGUAAACAGUAUAAAAUUUUCAGUAGCUCUGGCAUAGCUGUAUGACAGUUUUAUUUAAGCUUGAAUUGAUGUAAGACUGUGGAUUUUUUGUGGUCUUUAAUUUGACACAUUAAUGUACAUUGUAUAGUAAUAUAUCGAAUUUAAAUGCAUGUAUUACCCACUGGACCAAUGGCUAUGGGGAUAUUAGAUCUUAGCAGACAUUUAAAAUAGUACAUGAGACCGCCUUUGUGGAAGGUUCCAGGGGUAUUUCAGGUAAAUAACGUGCUUUUAAUUUGAAUUAAAUGAUAAAAAAGAUCAUUGUAUUUCUGUAUUAAAUUUUCUUGAAUGUACUACUACUAGUAACUAAAUGUAAUCUUAAGUUUGAUAUAUGAGUAAAAGCGAUGAUAUAUGAGUUUGUCAUUUCUAAAGUUUAUAUGAUUAAAGUCAUGAUAAAGUC